AUGGAGCCGCGGCUGGUGGGGCCCGGGCCGUACCGCGCCACCCGCCUGUGGAACGAGAUAAUCGAGCUCUUCCGUGCUGGGAUGCCCUUACGGAAGCAUCGCUGUCGUUUCAAGAGCUACGAGCGAUGCUUCAAAGCCUCGGAGGCAGUGGAAUGUUUACAUGAGCUACUUGGCUCUAACCAAAACUUUGGCCCAGAAGUGACACGCGAUCAAACGGUUAAGCUGCUUAAAAAAUUCCUGAAAAAUCAUGUAAUCGAAGACAUUAAAGGAAGGUGGGGCAAAGAGGACUUUGAAGACGAUGGCCAUUUAUAUCGAUUUCCUCCUUCCUCACCACUGAAGUCAUAUCCAAAGAAACCUUCAUGUGGAAAGGAAGUAAUUAAAUUUCCAGACUGGAGUGAACCAAGGGCUGGCCCUUCUCAAGAACACAUUCCAGUGAAAUCCGUCGCAAUGAACUCUGAGAUGUGGUACAAGCGACACAGCAUAGCUAUCGGGGAAGUACCGGCAUGCAAACUUGUGUCCCGCAGGGAGCUAACACAAACAAAUAUAGAAGAGAUAUGGAAAUCCAUGACUUUAUCACGAUUACAAAAGGUGUUGGGUUUGGAUUCUCUGGAUGAAGUGUUAGACACAAAACUUGUGAAUUCGAAACAUAUAGUUCAAAAUGUAUAUAAUGUCAAUAAGCAAGGCAUUGUCACUUUAGAGGACAAAUCAAAGGAACUACCUCAUUGGAUAUUAUCUGCAAUGAAAUGUCUAGUAAAUUGGCCCAGCUGUUCAGAUCUGAAGCAGCCUACAUACUCAGGCUUUGAAAGAGAUGUCUUCAAAACUAUAGUGGACUACUUUGACCAGAUGAAGGAACCUCUUCUCACAUUUCAUUUUUUUGAUAUUUUUGUUAGUGUGUUAGGACUACUGCAAAAACCCAACAAGGCUGUAGAAGCUCUUCAGAUAUCUUGUCUCCUGCUGCCACCAGAAAAUAGGAAAAGACUACAGCUGUUGGUGAGAAUGAUGGCAAGAAUUAGUCUAAACCAGGAUAUGCCACGUCUUUCUGAAUCAGUGAGGACCAGAACUUUGAUGGUUCAGGCGUUUUCCCGUUGUAUUCUCUGCUCAAAGGACGAAAUAGACUUGGAUGAACUUCUUGCUGCUAAACUAGUAUCUUUUCUCAUGGAUAAUUAUCAAGAGAUCUUAAGUGUUCCUUCUGCUUUAAAGACUUCCAUAGAGGAUCAUGUUGCACAUCUCCAAAGAGUCCAAAUAAAAUAUGCUGGAGCUGAUAGUGAUGCAACACUUCCUCCUCCAUCAUUUUGUCACCAAAUCACUACAGGUGAAUUUGAAUACCAAAGGGCAACUGGCUCUCAAGAACCACUGGCAGCUUUGUUGGAAGAAAUUGUAAUGAAUAAAGAAAUAUCUGUGAAAGAUAAAAAGAAGAAGCUCAAGCAAUUUCAGAAAUCUUACCCUGAAGUGUACAGAGUACGAUUUCCUAGCCCUGAAACCGAAGCGAUGGUAUUUCCUGAAAAAACUAAACAGAAACCACCAAUACUGAUGUGGGCCUUAAAAAAGCCUUUUCAACCAUUUCACAGAACCAGAAGCUUUCGGAUGUAA